ACUGUCAAAACCGCGCCGCCUUAGUCAAAUCACAUAACUGACUAAAACAAAGUCCACUCGAAGAUAUUUAACCUGUCUCUAGGGUGGACAUUUAAAGUGGAAUUUCUUCCUGUAUCCGUGUAUAUUUUUGUUUGAAAACCGAAACACUGCAAGCUAACAUGCCCAGCGAUAGCCAAGACGUGACAAACCAGAGAUGGGCCCACCUACGCAAAGUCCUGGAGCGUUCCGGCCCAUUUUGCCAUCCUGACUUUGAACCGUCUACUGAAACCCUGAGUUUUCUUAUGAGCUCCUGUAAAAUCCUUGUGAUUGGAGCUGGAGGCUUGGGUUGCGAGCUCUUGAAAGACCUUGCACUCAUGGGCUUCCGGGAAAUACAUGUCAUUGACAUGGAUACAAUUGAUCUAUCAAAUCUCAACCGCCAAUUUCUUUUCCGUCGCAAUGACAUUGGCCAGUCUAAGGCUGAGGUGGCAGCUCGAUUUGUUAAUGCAAGAGUUCCUGGAUGUAAUGUCACUCCUCACUUCAAAAAAAUUCAAGAUUUUGAUGAGUCGUUCUAUCGCCAGUUUCAUAUUGUCGUAUGUGGAUUGGAUUCCAUUGUCGCUCGACGAUGGAUCAAUGCUCUAUUAGUUUCCAUGCUUACUUAUGACAAUGAAGGUGCCCUAGACCAAUCAAGUAUCAUCCCUAUGGUUGAUGGUGGUACUGAAGGUUUCAAGGGCAAUGCCAGGGUUAUUCUACCUGGUAUUACAGCCUGUAUCGAAUGUACUUUAGAUUUAUAUCCGCCUCAGAUUACUUAUCCUUUGUGUACAAUUGCUAACACACCACGUUUGCCCGAACAUUGUAUUGAAUAUGUCAAGCUGAUCCAGUGGCCGAAAGAGAAUCCAUGGGAUGUGUCAAUUGAUGGUGAUGACCCCAUGCACAUCAAUUGGAUUUUUGAAAAAGCCUCUGAAAGAGCUUCACAGUUUGGAAUUCAGGGGGUCACCUAUCGAUUAGUUCAAGGUGUUGUAAAGAACAUUAUUCCAGCAGUGGCUUCCACCAAUGCUGUAAUUGCUGCUGCUUGUGCCACAGAGGUGUUUAAAAUAGCAACAAGCUGUUGUGUACCUCUAAAUAAUUACAUGGUCCUGAAUGUGGUUGAUGGUAUCUACACAUAUACUUAUGAAGCCGAGAGAAAAGAAGAUUGCCUCAUUUGUAGCCAAAAACCAAAGGUUUUGGAAAUUGUUGACGCAAAUGCCAAGUUGCAGGAAGUUCUAGACAUACUUUGUGCUGACCCAGCUUUCCAAAUGAAAGCUCCUGGGAUCACUACAUCAGCUGGUGGAAAAGUUCGCACACUGUACAUGUCAAAAGUUGCCAGUAUUGAGAAGCAGACCCGUGAUAACUUGAAGAAAUCUCUUGAUGAAUUGGGACUGUUUGAUGGUUGUGAACUUUUUGUUGCUGAUGACACUACACCAAAUACUGUUACAAUCAAGCUGUCUUUCACUAACACCUGUGUUGAAAUGCAAGAAUUGUAAAACAGCGAAUGAAAUUGUAAACUUGGGGAGAAAGAAGAAUUUAACUUAAUUGUGAUAUUUAUAGUAAAAGUGAGGAAUAAAUUAAUGUAAACUGUGCUUUUAA